ACUUCAGCUAGCAGAAUACUAACCACAGUUUGCCUGUCCCCUUCCUGUUACUAGGAUUCUACUUCUCCCACCAGUGGAUACACUGUGCACAGACAUUGUGACAGAUCUAACACAAGGUCUUUGAAUGAGCAGGGACAGAGCUGGUGCAGGCAGAUUGGAGAGGAAUGAGACACUGGAGGAUACAGUUGUUUUAGAUGAAAACAAUCUGUGGGGUGAGAGAAAGCAUUGGCAUGGACUGAAAAUCAAAAAGGACAGGUCAAUAUGAAGAGCUAGAGAACAUUUAAUAAUGACAAAGUGACGGGGCCUCAGAUAAGAAUUAAGAAGAGAUAGUAUUGGAUGGAGAAACAGAAGCAGGUGAUACACUAACAACCAGUGCACUAAAAGUAAAACGGGAUCUCGGCAUAGACCACUCUAAAUGGGGAGCAGAGACAGAGCAAGAUAUCUAUUGAUACCACAGGGGUCUUGCGCAACAAAGGGAGACAUCCAGCUUUUCUUGGAAAAUUGUGAAUGUGGAUAUACCAUGGCUCAGACAGAAUCGACCAAGAUCACAUCCACUAACAGAGAAGAACUACUUGAAUACAUUAAUAACUUGCAGAGUGAAAUAACGGAAAUAGUGUCAGAAAUAGACGAUUUUGAGCGCCUGCAGAUAAGCCGUAAAAUAGAGAAGGAGAAUGAAUUGCUCAGUGCUAACAGGAAGUUUAACAUGGACCCAGAGAAGGGCAUUCAACUGCUGAUCAACAAGAAGUUUCUGGAAAGGGAUCCAGAACAAAUUGCUAGCUUCCUAUAUCAAGGUGCAGGUCUCAGCAAGGCUGCCAUAGGGGAGUACCUGGGACAAAGGGAUCCACUAAAUAUUCAGGUUCUACAAGCCUUUGUGAAAUGCCAAGACCUCAUGAAACUUGGUCUCGUGGAUGCUCUCAGGCGUUUCCUGGGAAGUUUUAGGUUACCAGGAGAAGCCCAGAAGAUUGACCGCAUAAUGGAGACUUUCUCAAAACAUUACUGCCUGUGUAACCCAGACACCAUCAAGUCCACAGAUAGCUGCUAUAUUGUUUCCUUCUCAUUGAUCAUCCUAAAUACCAGCUUGCACAAUCCAAGCGUUAAGGAAAAGCCUGAUCUGCAACAGUUUAUUUCUAUACAUAAAGGGAUUCACCCAGGUGGGGAUCUACCUACGGAGCUGCUGACUGAGAUGUUUGAAAGCCUGAAGAAAGAGCCAUUUCAGCUUCCUGAAGAAGAAAAUGCCUGGGAGCUCACACUCGCCUUCCAAAAGCCACAAAGAGAGGGCUGGCUUCUCAAAAUGGGAGGCCGUGUGAAGACUUGGAAAAAACGAUGGUUCAUUCUCAAGGACAACUGUCUGUAUUAUUUUGAAUAUACAACGGAUAAAGAUCCGCUUGGAAUAAUUCCUCUGGAAAACCUGUCUGUUGAGCUAACAGAAGACUCCAAGAAACCGUACUGUUUUGACCUUCAUGCAAGGGGGCAAACUGUUAAAGCCUGCAAGACUCAGGCAGAUGGGAAAAAAGUGCAAGGAAACCAUCAAUCAUACCACUUGUCUGCUGCAAGUCAUGAAGAGCGAGAGAGCUGGGUGCAAAGUCUCAGAUCCAGCAUUUCCUGGAAUCCUUUCUACGACACUGUCUCAGUCCAUAAGAAAAUAUUGGCAAUCAAGAAGGAUCACUGAGAAUGGAUAAAGAAUAUUUGUACUUAAAAUGGACAAGUGAAAUCUGUACACAGGGAUAAAUCCAAGGCAAAGCGUAGUGGGUUUCCUCAGUGUUUGGACCUUGCCAGCAGCCUCUGUUGGUAGGCUUCAUACAUUUCCAGGUUAUUGACAAGCUGCAUGUGGCCAUGUAGACCAGAGACUUCACAUUUUGCAAUGGCUAUUACAAGCAAAACCUCAACACGAUCCUGCAUUGAUAAGUAAAAAUAGUAUACAGUAAAAUCUGUGUUGUAACCUCUAACAUAUAAUCCACAUUAAAGACACACCUGGAGUUUGUAGCAAAGUGAUAAAGACACCAAGACGCUAAGACAGUGCUGCCUUAGCAAUAGGACUGUUCAAUCAUUAAAAUAUAACAUAUGAGACAAAAAUGAUUGUACUAAUUUUUCAGUGUUAUCUCACACAAUACAGGGAUACUCAACCUGUAUUGCUAUGCUGCAAUACAAAGGGAAAUGUGUGAAGGAAGUUAUUCUACCUAUACUGGGUGUAAUAAGUUUCUAUACUGUAUGUGUACUAAUAUAUCAGAAUCAGAAUCAGUUUAUUGCCAAGUAUACCAGUACAUAAUACACAAGGAAUUUGUUUCCGAUGACCACAGCUCUCAGACAAGAUACAACACAUGACAUAACAUAGGGAAGAGAAGCAUGACGGGUACUUGAAUACAUGUUACGUGUAUGACAUGAAAUGGGCUAGGCAAUUGUUGAGUUAACCAAGAUAGUUGCUUGGGGGAAGAAACUGUUCCUGUGUCUAGCAGUUCUCGCCAGCCUCAAGCUGUACCGACUGCCAGGAACAGGACGUGAGCGGGGAAGGAGUGGUCAUAAAUGAUCCUUCCCGCCCGCUUUGUGACCCUUGCCUGAUAGAUAUCCUCAAUUGCUUCGAGGUUUGUCCCUAUGAUUUUUUUCCGCUACCUUUACGAUUCGCUGUAGUCUGUUCCUGUCGUGGGUUGGGGCCGAGCCAAACCACACUAUUAUCGGUGUGCAGAGAACAGAUUGAAUAAUUGCCGAGUAAAAGAGGAUCGGAAGUUCCUGCGACACUUUGAACUUCCUAAGUUAGCGUAAGAAGUACAACCUCUGCUGGGCUUUUUCCACAGUGCCAUCGAUGUUAGACUUCCACCUCAGAUACUUGGCUAUCGUGGAGCCUAGAAAUCUGAAGGAUUCUACCACCGUCACCGUUUUGUCCGCAAUUAUUAGUGGGGAGAGUGUAGGGGGGUGCUUCCUGAAAUUAACAUUAAUCUCAACCAUUUUUGAUGAAUUUAACUAUAGAUUGUUUGUGCUGCACCAGGUGACUAGCCUCUCAACCUCCUUCCUGUAAGCAGACUCCUCCCCAUCCGUAAUGAGAUCAAUUAGUGUGGUGUCAUCCGCAAAUUUAAGGAGUUUCACAAAUGUGUCUGCGGAAGAGCAGUCGUUGGGUGUAGAGAGAGAAGAGGAAGGGAGAAAGAACACACCCCUGAUUCUGAUCCUGUAAUAAGUUUCUAUACUGUAUGUGUACUAAUAUACUAACAUACACUGAAGUAUUAUGUAGAGUAAAUGUUCUAAUAAGGAAGGAUGUCCAUCCAAGUUCUGUAAAGGGUGUACUGUAUAUAUAUUUUUUUAUUUUGUGUCACAAUGUACUGUAUGCAUUACUUAUUGUGUACUGCCAUGCUGGUGAAUUUCAAAAUAAAAAAUACCAUGUAAGAUGA